GAGAGAGAGAGAGAGAAAGGAAGUAGUUGAGGCUCUGUCCACACAAUCAGUGUGACAUCGAGGGUAGGACAGGUACACAACUGCUUGGUGAACACAAGUAGUACAGGUACGCAACUGCUUGGUCUACACAAAGUAGGACAAGUACAUAACAGCAGGCCGGCGUUGCGUGUCAUUCCGACAUGGAGAACAAGGCGGACAUCAAAGCCAUCAUGGCUCGCUUCCAAGCGGGCGCCGUGGACGAGAGCGGGCCGCCAUCGCCGCUACGACCCAAGGCGCCCCUCAACCUCACCCUCUCCAGCGGCCCCGCCCCCCUGCCCAAGAAGCCCGUCUUGGAGAGCCUGUCAGGUGGCGGCAUGCCUCCCAAACCGUCUUAUCUCAAAAACCUGGCGCCUGGACCCAACAAAACCAAAGUCCUGGCUAGCAGGUUUGACCAGGAUGAGACCGGUAAAGUCCCCGAUCGAGGACUCUGGAAGAACCCCGAAGAUUCAAGUCUGACGCCAAAGCCUGCUCUCAAGCCGACCAUCUCCAUCCCCAAACCCACGUUCCCUAAACCUCCUCCGGCCGCCAGCAAGCCCAGCGGUGUCUCGUCCCCAUCCCCGUCCCCGGCCCCGGCCCCGGCCCCGGCGCCGGCCCCGGACCCGGACCCCACCAUGCCGCCCAGAAUGCCUUCUUUGCACCAGAAACCAGGCAGCAGCUUGGUGAGACUCUGGCAGCAGAGUGAGGCCAACGCGGACCACGCCCCACAGGGGGUCCUGAAAGACAGUCAGGUGGUCUCUCCUCCAAGGCCUCCAGCCAGCAAGAAGCCCAGCUUGAAGAAACCUGCCUCGCAGUAUUCUCACAACCUCGAUGCUAACCAUCUCAUUGACGGCGGCGCUAACGGCGACACCACCUCGGAGCCCAAACGCAACCCACUCCCAAACAGUCUGACUCUGGGUCCUGCUCCGGCGAAGCCUGCCAGACCCCCGAAGGUGGACCUGGAGGACUUCAGAAGAUCUGCUGGAAGUGAUACUUUCGACAGAAGCCUGCCCCCGACGACAUUGGCUCCCGGUAACCAUAGCAACCACGCAGCCCAGCCGCCUCAAAGUGCACUCCCAAGUCUGCCGCCGCGACCCUUCGGGAGCACGAUGCAGCAAGAAGAGUCUUAUGACGACAUCGAGGACGUCAGGAAGAAGUCUCCGCCUCCUCCUCCUCUACCGCCGUCCACAGCUCAUCCAAGUCAGAGGGCCAAGGAGGAAGAAGACGAGGGCAGCAGCGACGACAUGUACGAGCCUCUCGAUGAACCGUGGGACGAAGAGGAGAAGAAGAAAGAGGAGAGAAGACAAUUGGAGGCCGAGAAGAAGGAGCAGAAAAGUCGAGAGAAGAAGGAACAAGAAGCCAGGAAGAAAUUCAAGAUGGUGGGACCCUUGGAGGCGGUCCACCAAGGCAGGGUCUGUGUGGACUGCAGGGGCAGUAAGACGGAACUGGCACUAAAGCGAGGAGACGCUUUGGACAUCAUCAGAGUCCAAGGCAACCCUGAGGGCAAGUGGCUGGGACGCAAACAGGAUGGAAGCAUCGGCUACGUGAAGACCACGUCGGUGGAGAUCGACUUCAACUCCCUGAAGAGCCAUCAAGCCCAGCGGGCGUCCAAGUUUGACGUCUACGACGACGUGGACGUGGCCUCGUCGGACAGCAGGUGACAAGACGCACUCGUUGCAAGUCUUGGCGUUGUCCUGCCGCCGCCGCCCCCGGACGAGGACUGGGAAAUAUACAACGACGUCAUAGAUCCAGACUUGGACGUCAGUCCCCUCCAGUCCAGGUUCGCCGUCAGCAAGCCUCACGGCCUCCUCAAGUUGUUUGACAGAAACCGACGCCCCGCCAGCGCUAAAGUAUUGCCUCCACCCAGCCAGUUCACAGCAGAGGACAAUUCAGGUGCGAUGGACGAGAUCUACUGCGACGUUGACGCCCAAAACCAGCCGCCGCCUCCGCCCAUCAGCAGCAUCCCCGGCUUAAAAGGCAAAGGCAAGGCGGACCAGUCCAACACAAAGAAGCUGAAAAAGUUUGAGAAGGAGGAGAAAGAGUUCAGGAAAAAGUUCAAAUACGAGGGAGAGAUCCAGGUGCUGCACCAGGCCAGCAUCACCACCACCUCCUCCUCCGCGCCGCUCAACAAAAAGUGGGGCGGCAAGGACCUGGCGGUGAGAGUCGGGGAGAAGGUGGACGUGGUGGCGGCGGCGAGGACCGGCGACGACAAAGUCAUCUGCAGGAACCAGGAGGGGAAAUUCGGUUACGUCUCCAGCUGCCACAUCUCCAUGGAUGAUGGCGACAUUUACGACGACGUCGGCGACGAUUGCAUCUACGACAACGAAUGAGUGAAUGCAUCCCUGGUGUAUAUGUGUGUGUGUGUAUGUAUAUAUAUAUAUAUUUAUAAAUAUAUAUAUAUAUAUAUAUAUAUAUAUAUAUAAAUAUAUAUAUGUGUGUGUGUAUGUAUGUAUGUAUGUAUAUAUAUAUAUAUACAUAAUGUAUAUAUAUAUAUAGAUGUGUAUAUAUAUAUAUAUAUAUAUAUAUAUAUAUAUAUAUAUAUAUAUAUACAUACAUACAUGCAUAUACUAUAUAUAGGUGUUUUAUAUAGUAUAUGUAUAUAAACUUCUUUUUUAUUGUAUUAAAUUUAAUUGUGUUUGGAGCAGCUUCACUUUGCAAGUUUAAACUAUUUUACAGAUUAUCCUUUAUGUUGCUCAUUUAUCCUUAUGAACAUUACACGGCCGUCAAACUCCUUUUCGUUGUUAUUACAAAAAAAUUCUUGUGUAUUUGCACUCUAAAAUAAAUCUGCAGAUAACACAAAUUUAUAGUAUAUUUUUAUAAAAGGAAAAAAUAAUGCCGCAGUUUGUUUUGUUUUUUUACAGAAAAAUAAUGGCAGCUCAGUUGCCAGAAUUUUACUUUAACAUAUAUAUUUUUUUAAUUAUUGUUCUCAGCAUAUUACUGUGAAUAGAAAAAACAGUACAACUUUAUUUUCAAUAGGAACAUUUAUUUUUAUUUUUAUUUUUUGUACGGUUUUUACGUUGUAUUAAAGCAAGUGGAAUAACGGUACCAUCUUUUUUUUUUUAUAGGGAAAAAAUGGCAGGUCAGUUCAGUUGCCAGAAAUUUACUGUAAAGGUUUUUCUUUACAGUAUAUGAAUUACUUUGAAUUCAUAAACUACUUUUAAAGAGUACAAUUCUGGUAACUGAGCUGACAUAUUCUCUUUUUUUUAGCAUAAAAUCCCAACUGUGUUUUUUUUAAGUCAGUUCAAUAAGAUAAAAUGGCAAUUUACCACACAAAAAAAAAAAACUGUGGUAGGUUUUUUACAUUUACGGUACCACGCUGUACAAAACAAACAUAUAUUUUGCAUAAAAAGUUUCCAGAAUAUUACAGUAAACUGAUGCAGUUUUUACUGUGUACAAUUUGAUGGAUAACUUGCAUAAGCCCAGUCGAUAUUUAACUAUUUAUUUUAUCUUAGCAAAAAAAAAAAAAAAGGUUCGGAAUGUAUGAUAAUUUAUUAUUUGUUUCACAGUUACAGAUGCAUCUUUGUUGAUUGUCAACAUAAAUCAUGUACAGUGAUAUACAUCCAUGUGAUGUAAAUAUAUUAUACAAAGGUUUAUUUUGGUAGUUUAAUUAAUAUGACCCUGAGACCAAAUACCUUUCUUCAUGAAUAAGAAUGAAUAUUAUACAUUCAUAAACAGAUGUUUUAUAUAUGAAUGUGUAAUAAUGUUUUAAUAAAAUUGCCUUAUCAAACAAUUUUAAUGUAGUGGUGGAAGGGAAGUUAUUGUUGUGUAGUUGCACUAGCGAGGUAGAGACUGCUGGGAGCGCUGCGUGCCCCCCCACAAAGUAGACGAAAAAGAAGAGGAACCCCGGAAGUGGACGUCAUUGAAGUCAGCAUGUCUCCGCCAGUGUUUGUGUCGCCGCUCAUUAAGACGACCCGUUGGUCCGCACUGUUUCUUGGUAUCUUUUAUGGCAAGCAGAGGUUUGAGUACCUGAAGCCGUAUGCGGAGGAGGAGCGGCGGGUGGAGGAAGCGGAAAAGAAAGUGUGCGAGGAGCAGGAGCGCAUCAACAAGCAGCUGUCUGAAGCUAAUUCCGAGAGCAUCCUGAUCUGAGCUCUGCAGCACGUUGAAUAAAAGAAGACUAUUUUC